AUGGCACUAAUAGCAGAGAAAGAAAGCCCUGACCUGAUUCGCUUCAUUAAUGAAACAUUUGAACCGCAAGAAGAAGCGCUGAGAAAACAUGGACUUUCCUUUGAUCAUAACGGACAAAAUUAUACUGUGACAGUGGUCAUUGAAGAUUCAAUGAAAGACAUGAAAGUGCGCAUGGUGGAAUCAGGCCUAGGAGGUACCCAAUGCCUGAUGUGUCACACGCAACAAACAGACUGGAAAGACAUCAAGAAAAUAGAGGAAGAGAAUUUCUUUGCUAUCACACGAACAGCCGAAAAAACCAUGCAACUUUAUGAAGAAAUGAUGGAGAAAAAGGGAGCUAUUACUCGAAGAAAAAACGAUUAUGAAGUUCGAGGGGGCCUUACGACUGAGCCACUUUCUGCCAGUGAUCAUCAUUAUAUUACAUUAACCCACCAGUAUAUAAAUGGAACAUCGUGGUUUCUUCACAUCUUCUACCACAUUGUGGCAAAUCUUUUACUAUGGACUGUGAGGGCCGAAGAUAGUCACGCUAAACCGAAGAGAGCGAAACAGACCGUGCUAAAACACAUCGAAGAAUUGACCAAAAACCGGGUUUUCUGGAAAACCAGUAAAAUUAAAGUUUUCGAAAAUGGGUUUUGA